CAGGAUUGCCUGAGACUACACUUCAUGAAGGGAAAUAAAUAUAUGACGGUAAAUGGGUGAAGAGACGCAUGGAAGCGGACGGAUGUCGGAGACGCAACAAUGGGUCAGUUUGCCUGCAAACGGUCCCAUAGUUUCCACCUCCUCAACAUCGUUUCUUGAGAUCAGUAAUCCCUUAAGAGCCAGGGACAAUGAGAUUUUCCAAAGCAGCUCUCAUAUGAGCGAUGGGAUUGUAGAAGCAGCAACAGUCCAACCCAUCAAAGAAGAAGACCAUCGGCAGGAUUUGGUGCAACCUCUUGAACAUUUUUCCUCAAAUAUUCCGUCUUCAUUGCUUAACAACACUGAAGGAGAAACAUGUCCACCUUUUCCAAUGCUGAAUCACAGCGGCCAUAUAUUAUUAUUUGAUAACAGUCGAAUUAAAAAGCCAUCUCCUGAUAGUUGUAGCUUUUCUUCUCAACAAAAGCACUUGGAAAAACCCAUAACCUCUCGUAUUACACCACUUAAGGUUCGAAAAGAGAAGCUUGGUGACAGAUUCGCCGCGCUGCAACAGCUGGUUUCACCAUUUAGGAAGGUGGAAAUAUUCAGAACCGAUGACUUUUUACGUGUUCCAAAACUAACUGAUAAGUUGAAUGCCACAAUGAUCACUCCUGUUCCUUGUUGCCACUAA